CUCCAAUUAAACUGAAAAUAUAACAAUCUGGAUGAUUCCAAAAAUGGGGAACUAAAGCCCCGGAGGAAUUGGAGGCGCUUCGAACACUAGAGGAACUACUGAUGGAGCAGGAAAGAGGGAUCCAGGAUGGCACUUGAUUUAUUUUUGGUACAACUGAACGCGAAUGAUUGGAAUAUUAGAUUGACCCAAACCAUCUCCCAAAGUCAAAUGACAUUUUUGGAUAUCAACAUCAAGACGACCACGGAUGGCACUCUAUCGACGGCAAUUCAUCGCAAGGAUACUGCUGUAAACGCUUUGUUGCAUGCAUCGUCCUUUCAUCCACAACAUCAAAAACGAUCUAUACCGAUUGGGCAGUUUUUAAGAGCCAAAAGAUUAUGCACCACAACAGAGGACUUUGAAAAAGAAUCGACUCAGCUUCGACAACGCUUUGCACAAAGAGGAUAUCACCCUGUGGUUAUUGAACGGGGGUAUCAGCGAGCUGUCAAUACAUCACGACAGACCCUCCUCACAACAAAGCCUAAAAAAGUCCAAAAUGCAGCGGUGGAUGAAGCUCGACCAGUCUGUAUGAUCACGGAUUAUAAUCCACAAUGGAAUAACAUCAGAAAAACGUUUGUAAAAUAUUGGCCUGUAUUGCAAACUGAUCAUGUCUUGAAUUCGGUUCUCACCUCGGCCCCCACUCUGGUCUCUAGACGUAGCAGGAAUCUUAGUGACAUUCUGGUAUCUAGCCAUUAUGUCCCACCUAACAACCAGGAAUUCCUGUUUCAGUCCAAGGGACCAAAGUGGGGCUCGACACCGUGCGGACAUUGUAGCAUUUGUAGGGCUAUGGUAAAAAGUGUGUCAUUUAGCGACUCAUCUGGUAAAAAUGUAUACAAAAUUGUGCACUUUAUCAAUUGCAGUACUUGUGGCGUCAUUUAUUACGCAACAUGCCCAUGUGGGUUAAUCUACAUUGGCAUGACGACACGCGAACUGCGUAUACGCCUUCAGGAACAUCAGAGUGAUAUUCGGAUGGCGUCAAAAGUGUCAGUUGAUGAUAGGGAACGAAUAUUAAAACUCAAACCAGUUGCACGACAUUUUCGGUUGAAACACAAUAAUCGAUGGCAGGACCUGAGGGUUCGUGGCAUCGAUAGGGUAAAUCUAGGAUCUCGAGGAGGCGAUCUCUUUAGACGACUUGAACAAGUGGAAAGUAAAUGGAUAAUCAAACUUCAAACCCAAGUGCCAUAUGGGUUGAAUGACAAGGUGCCUUUUGCAUCUUUCCUGUGAAUGCCUCCUCCUUGAAUCUCCGUGCUCUGUCCAGGUUUCUUUAUGUUUAUGUGUAUGGCGAUGAUUGAAGGGCACUCAUGAAUGGGCGGUGGAUAGGAUGGGGGAUUUUUCUAUGCAUAUAGAGGCUCGGGGUAUGAUGAGUGGUCGCAUGAUACCUCUAGUGUGACUGGGGAUGUGAUCAGUUUGAACAUCGGUUAUAUCGGUGUACAGGUGAUUGGCGCCUGGAUAGGGGUGUAUGCGAAAUACUCACGGUUUGGCAGGGUACAUCCUCAUUUGUCCUUUCCUUAUGUUUGAACAAUUUGGAUGCUCAUAUACAUAUCUUUGGCUCACGGCAUAUAUAGCCAAUUAUAUGUAAUUGUGUUAUUUUAGAUACAAUUAAUAUGUAAAAUUGAUGUAACUUAUAUUGUUAUUCAUUCACUUUGGUCUUGCUUUUUCCUUUCGUAACUAACAACUCUUUUUUUUAGUACUUCACUUUGCACCUUGAGGCCUCUGAGUUGGGAGACCUUAAUACUACUUACUCCUGCCAUGGCUAAUUGUGUAUGUCAGGAGGAAAAGAGGUCGGUAGGAAUAACAACGUCCAAUAUCCUCCUAAUAUGUAGUUUAAGGCCCCCCACUGAGGUCGAGUGAUAACACUUUCUUGGUCAAAUCUAUGGCCUCAUGUAUACUGUAAAAUUAAUCAUUAUGAUAAUUAGCUUGUAAUUCUUGUUAUUAAGUAUAAUAAUUUUUUAUCAUUUAUUUUUCACAGCAUUUGGCACAGGCUUGGUCCUUGCCGUCUCCUGCGCAUGCGUCACCACCCUAGUAUAACAUAUCGAACUAAUUGUUAUUCGAUGUGUAUGACUAUUAUGGCUGUCAGGUGUACAAUAUCUGUCUAGUGCAAGUGCACUUCAGGUACUGUCACCUGACGAACAUAUAUAUAUAUAUAUAUAUAUAUAUGUAUAUACAUUGAAGUUGAAUUGAGAUGAGGUUCUGUGCACGUGUAUACAUACAUUGACAAAUUGACAAAUUUUGGAUGUGGACUGUCAGUAUAUAUAUGUUCAUGCCUCAGUAUAACAAUUGUGUUUAUCACAGUAUGGUUUAUAUAUGAUAAGAUACCAUCAUUCUAUGUAAAGCAAUCUGAUUUUCCUGAUACAUCCCUAUGUUAUGUUAUGUGCCCUCAUUUAAUAUGGCGGAGGUGGCGUGUUCGGCGAUCUGCGCAUGCGCCGCGUUUGUGUGCCGCCGGCCGCUCCAGAGUGACGCGUGUCGCACAGGAUGUGCGUGACUGCCUUCCUCUGGACCGGCGCGGCGUCACCGGAUGUGGUGGCAUGCGAUUGAGAGGCCAGGCGCCAGUAAUGUCCGCCAUGUGAUAGUACCCAGGUGAGCCUCAAAUGCAAUCAAACACGAGUCCAACAACCAAUCAAAUGUAUCCACCUGACCUAUUUAUGGGUGACCCUCCUCUCUGUCAACCAAUACCCCUUGAAAAAGCUGUACGCGAAACGUGCGUUGGGGAGUGGACCGGUGGUAUUGCUGCACGAUACAAUCAAAUCAAUUGGUCAGUAUAUAUAAUGGUUUCCAUCAUGUGUCAAAUACAAUUUUGAUUAUUGUUAUUGCCCUAAUUUUGAUAACUUUGGUGUAUAUCUUCACACCGGCUUGUGGCAAAUCCUGACACAUAUAUACAUGUGGAUAUUUGUGGUAUCUAACAGCUACAGCUUUUGGAUACUAUAUGCCCACUACUCAUGACCAUUUGGGUAUAAUUAUGCACUUGCACUUUACCUUAGAUAUAUGUAUUGGCAGCCCACCAUCGGUUCACUUGGUUUUUAACAUGUAUUGUAACCUGUAUGUAUUGUCUUAUUUGUGACCAGUGCUGAUCAUGUGUCUUUUGUGAUUUUCUUAAUAAAAUUGAGUAUUUUUGUACUAUUGCAGUAUAUUUUCUUUGAAUUAAAGUAUA